CAGGACACACAUAAGCAGUGGGAUGGCACGGUUACAAGCAAACUCUAGUCAGGAGGAUGCUCGUGCACAGGAGCUGAGCGCUGGACGCCUCCAUGCUGCAGGAGGUGACACUUCAGGAUAACACAGAGAUGAUCUGGUUUAUGCGUGGCUGGGCAGUAUGAGUGGGACAUGAAUGUGCCUGUGGAGGACGUGGACAGCUGUGGCACUCUCCGGGUGAGACUCUGACGAGUGAGAGGGACGUUUGGGUUCCUCUCGUGUUUCCAGCUCCUGCUCAACCAUGAGAUUGGCCCUCCUGGCCCUGAGACUGAUGGUUCUGGCCUGGAUGUGGCCCGUCACUCAGCUCAACAGCAGCACCUUCCCAAACAAAAGGAGACACAAGGAGGUCUACACAGCAGAGAGCACUAAGCCGAAGCAUGGAGGACGGGUCGAUCUCAAGAUGAAAAAGCAGGACAGCACCAAGUCUCUGCUCAUUAAAUCAGAGCAGCUACUUCGGAUUGAAGAUCACGACUUUGCAAUGCGCCCGGGCUUUGGAGGUUCGGCUCUCCCCGUUGGCGUAGAUGUCCAGGUGGAAAGUAUCGACAGCAUAUCUGAAGUAAACAUGGACUUCACCAUGACUCUCUACUUGAGGCAUUACUGGCAGGACGAUCGACUGGCCUUCCCCUCCAGCAGCAACAAAAGCAGAACCUUCGAUGCGCGCCUUGUUAAAAAAAUCUGGGUUCCUGAUGUCUUUUUUGUUCAUUCAAAGCGUUCUUUUAUCCACGACACAACCAUGGAGAACAUCAUGCUGAGGGUUUUUCCUGAUGGAAACAUUCUCUACAGUGUCAGGAUCACCGUGACGGCGCUCUGCUCCAUGGACUUCAGUAGUUUCCCUCUGGACACGCAGAACUGCUCUCUGGAGCUGGAGAGCUAUGCGUACAGUGAGAACGACCUGAUGCUCUACUGGAAGAACGGGAACGACUCAUUACGGACCGAUGAGAUCGUUCUCUCUCAGUUUUUCAUUGAAGACUUCCAGCCUUCCUUCGGGCUUGCCUUCUACAGCAGCACUGGUUGGUACAAUCGCCUCUACAUAAACUUCAUCCUCAGAAGGCACAUCUUCUUCUUCAUGCUUCAGACGUACUUUCCUACCAUGCUGAUGGUGAUGCUGUCAUGGGUGUCCUUCUGGAUUGACAGGAGGGCCGUACCUGCUCGGGUCUCUCUGGGCAUCACCACAGUUCUGACGAUGUCCACCAUCAUCACUGGUGUCUCAGCCUCCAUGCCGCAGGUGUCUUACGUCAAAGCUGUAGACAUCUACCUGUGGGCGAGCUUCCUGUUUGUCUUUCUGUCAGUCAUUGAGUAUGCCGCUGUCAACUAUUUCACCACAGUGGAGGAGAUGAAGAAGCUCAAGAAUGCAAAGGUCCCCAGCACCUUCAACACCAACCAGGCUAUGGCUUUUGAUGGGUGUUUCCAUGACAACGACAUUGACCUGACUCCUUUCUCAGAGGUGGAUAUCACCCCGGACACAGACAGGAGCACCCAACCUCGAAACUCCACUGUCUCUGCACCCCCAGAUGGGACCAGACUCCACCGUAGAAACACUUUAAAAUACAACCUGAGCUUCAUCAUGAGCAACAGCUACAUGAUCGACUCGUACUCCAGAGUCAUAUUCCCCCUGGCUUACCUGCUCUUCAACAUCAUAUACUGGAGUUUGUAUACAUAGGACACUGAUUCCACCAAUAAUGUCAUCACAUUUAGGAUGGAAAUAUCCAACCACUCACAGGAUGUGACCUUUUAUUUGCACAAUAUCCGCUGCUCUACAUUGAUGUCUUUCAUGAUGUCUUGUAUUUGAGAGCCAAGAUUGCAGCAGUCUGCUGUGUCUUUGUGAAUGUUUCUCUUUCUGUUGCAUGCUUGUUUUAUAAAAGAAAAAAAAAGAGUCAAAACCAAACCUGUUUAUUUUUAAUCAUUAUUUAAAGAGACAAUGUGAAGUUUUUACCAUUAAUUUCUGGAAAUAUCCAUCAAAAUUUUGAAAAUGAAUGAAAUGAAGUCCAGUUGCUCAAAAAUAUUGGCAGUUUCAUAACAUAUAAUCAUAAAAAUCGGGUCUAAAAUACAUGGGAGCGGGUCUAAGACCCAAUCCCAAUACUCACACGUGCACACUUGCGCCCUUCAAUUGCACGUGUAGGUUCUCAAGUGCGGAAGUUGACCACGCCCCCCAUUACACCCUUAAUCUGCACUUCAGCUAAGUCCACAGCAAUGCGGACCUCGGGCAAGGGAAUUACCCACAAGUCAUUGCUGCGGGAGAAAAGGCUCAAGGUCCUUUUCUGAAAAUACAUAUUUUCUAAUGAAAUAUUAGUUAAUUUUAGGAUGAUUAGUUGAUGCUCUAAGACUUUUAGACAAAGCAGCAAUAAAUGGAAAUUUAUUACAAAUAACUGUUUGGCUGUUUGUUGAAAAGUUGUUAAUAAAGGUUUUUGAAAAAAAAUCACACUGACCAGCAUCCCAGCAUGCGUUGCGAUCGAUGACACAUUACUCCCCGUCGCAAUUCUGCAAUUAGCUGCACACUUGUGCACUACGCACUCGAACCCUACUGCACACUUUCUCCAAGUGCAUUUUGCUGAAGUCUGCAGGGCACAGUGCAAGUACUGAGAGCGGGUUUAAGUCUCUGGGCGACGCCAUAUUAGAUGCCAUGCUUUCUUCUACGGGACCCCAUGAGGACAAAAAGCAUUUACUGAUUUGUAAGAAAUAGUUACAAAACUUUUGUCAUUCUUAACCGUUGUUGUUUUACACAUUUACCUCUUCACUUGUUGCCAGUGAUGAAAGGGAGUCUGAUGUACUUGUUAUUUUACUAAAGUUUGUACUUCCCAGGGCUUUUUGACCCUAAUGGGCAUCCGUUGGUAAGGUCUUACUCCAACACAAAAAUACUGCUUGCUUGCAACCAUUUAAGUAUCUACUGCCCCCUGUCGCCAGGAAAAAUACACACUGUCACUUUAAGGGUUCAAUUUGAUACAAAACACUCAAUUCUUUAAAAAUGAACAGCUAAUUUUUGCUCUUACGAGUUGGUUUAAAACUAUAUAUUUCUUUGGGUUAUGAUUUACUUGAUUAAAAAUGAGUCAAUGCCACAAUUCCUCCGGGGUCACUGUCCUGCAGGUUUUACGUGUUUCCCUGCACCAACACACCUGUUUUGAAAAAGAAAAAAGGAACAUUUGAAGGUGCUGCUGUGAAAUCUGACAUUUGUGCACUUGCUUUUCCUACAAAUGUUUAAUCCUGAUCAGUUAUGAGACUAUAGUUUUACAUGACAGCAUAA